AUGUUAUCCCCCAACCCCGUCGAUGCCCCGCAACAUGUCCUACAGCUCCUCUCCGAACUUCACAAAAAGUCAUUGGAACAGGAAGCCCUGAUCUCCAAGAAUGGCAAAUUUAUCUCGACAGCUGUUCUCAGCAAGCUGGAAGGCAAAGGCCCUGCCGCCAACCCGCAAGCCGAAUUCGAUCAACUCAUGCUCGACAAGUUCAUCGCGCUGGACGAAGACAAAUGCCAAUUUACCUAUCAACUGAUCAACUCCAUGGGCGCCACCAAUAUCAUCGAGGCAGGCACUAGCUUUGGAGUUAGCACCAUCUACCUUGCUCUGGCUGUUGCAAAGACCACCGCGGCGACAGGCAAGUCUGGCACUGUCAUCGCGACGGAGAAGGAGAAAUCGAAGGCAGAUAUUGCGCGGGGCUACUGGCAUCAGUGCGGUGAGAUUGUGGAGAAACAGAUCGAUCUCAGAGAAGGUGAUCUGCUCGAGACCCUGAAGGAAGGGCUGCCGGAGAUUGAUCUUCUCCUUCUUGAUAUCUGGACUCCACUAGCACUUCCUACCCUCAAAACCGUUCUCCCUCGCUUUCGACACGGUGCAGUUGUUCUUACUGAUAAUACGAUCUCCGGCGCUCAGGGCUACGCGGAUCUGCUGUCGUUCUUGAGAUCGCCUGAGAAUGGCUUCCGCAACAUGACUUUGCCUUUCACUAAUGGGUUUGAGAUGAGCGUUUACUUGCCGCAAGGAAAGUAA